CAGGUAGACAGACAUGGGUGCCUACAAGUACAUCCAGGAGCUGUGGAGGAAGAAGCAGUCGGACGUGAUGCGGUUCCUGCUGCGCGUGCGCUGCUGGCAGUACCGCCAGCUGUCGGCCCUGCACCGCGCCCCGCGCCCCACGCGCCCGGACAAGGCCCGCAGGCUGGGCUACAAGGCCAAGCAAGGUUACGUUAUUUACCGUGUCCGUGUUCGCCGUGGUGGCCGCAAACGCCCAGUCCCCAAAGGUGCAACCUAUGGUAAACCCGUGCAUCAUGGUGUUAACCAGCUCAAGUUUGCCAGGAGUCUUCAGUCUGUAGCAGAGGAACGUGCCGGCCGUCACUGUGGGGCUCUGAGAGUCUUGAACUCGUAUUGGGUGGGUGAAGAUUCCACUUACAAGUUCUUUGAAGUGAUCCUGAUCGAUCCCUUCCAUAAGACCAUCCGGAGGAACCCCGAUACCCAAUGGAUCACCAAGCCCGUCCACAAGCACAGAGAGAUGCGCGGGCUGACGUCGGCCGGGCGCAAGAGCCGCGGCCUCGGCAAGGGCCACAAAUUCCACCACACCAUCGGUGGCUCGCGCCGCGCCGCCUGGAGGAGGCGCAACACCCUGCAGCUGCACCGCUACCGCUAAUCCUUGUAAACGCGGCCAUCCAAUAAAGAUCGUGCAGGUUGUUCAAUUCAA